CACGCCCGCCAUUUUUGUUGGGGCAGUGCCUGAAAAGCGCGAGUAAUGCAUGCACGUUUUUUUUUUCUCUUUGUAGUUAUAAGUUUACACGCAGCGAAGUUAAACCUGGCAGGAGGGAACAUUCGGCUGUGGAGACAUCGGAGCAUUAUUUCUUACUAGUAACAUCGCGGCAUAAUUAUUUAUUUAUUUGGCAAGGUGCACAUUACUUGUCGUGGCAGUGAAGACAAUAUGCCAGCACACUGUUCCGUGCCGCUCUGCAAGCAGAGAGGAACGAGAGAUAAAAACAACGAAAAGGUCUCCUUUCAUCGCAUCCCAAAACAAGGGGACCGUUACAAAAAGUGGAUCGCUGCAAUAAAGCGAGACGAAGGAAAACAUUUCAAGGUCUCAAGAUCAACGGUCGUCUGCUCGAAGCACUUCAAGGACAGCGACUUCCUUCCGAACAUUGCCAGUGGUCAACGAAUCCUUCGUGACGAUGCCGUGCCAUCCUUGUUUGCGUACCGAAGAGCUCUCCGAGCAAGGAAGCCCCCGAAAGGCCGAGCCCGCGUUCGACGAAAGGCACCGCAGUCCAACAGGAAUGGAGGAAAACGGCUGUCUGGCCGCUCCUCUGUCUCUGCCAGUCAGGCGGGACCUGCUGGUACGUCAAGUUUGUUGGCGUACCUUCAGGACCACAUCUAUGCCCAGCCUUCAUCUCCAGCGCUGUCCAAGAACGGCCUGCCUGUAUCAUCACCAGCUGCAGACGACGGGCUCGAAGCACGAUCUGUUGGCACGCAAAUAUAUCCGAUCAGAUGCUUCAAAAGCACACAGACAUCUGAAGCAUCCCGCUUAAUGCUUCUACUGGACCGUGAACCAACACCAUUGGCGGGCCUCUUUGCAGGGAGGGUCAAGCACGAAAGUGUCAGCGUGCCGAAUGGCCAGCCUGCAUCAUCAACUGCAGACGCCAGCAUUGAAGCCCGCUCUGUAGGCACCCAAAUAUAUCCGCUCAGAUGCUCCAAAAGCACACAGACAUCGGAAGCAUCCCGCCUAAUGCUUCUACUGGAUCGUGAAAAUCCCCAGCACGUGUUGUGGAGCCACCGUGAGCCACUACUGGAGAGCUGUGGACACAAUGCAGGCUCAUCGUGAAGAAGAUAACCCGCGGGCAAUACGACGCGACUGAUUUGUGGGACAAAGGAGACCAUAGAGAAGGCCAUCAACCCUGUGGUCCAUACUCCGGGGUCUGCAUGGUGUACAACAGAGGAGGUCAGUUCUAGCGUUCUACCAAGAUUGGAUUGUGCCCUUGUUGGGCGUUUUCAUGGAUCGAGGGGUCAGUGGUCUUCCAGACGACACGAAUCACUGUCACUGCUUUAGUUAAAGCUGCUUGGGAAGGCAUCAGGAAGAUCAUUCUACUCGAAUGUGGGCCCGUCCCUGUUACGCAUUGUUUGUGCGUUGGAAGGGCGGUGCUGUUCCAGAGACACUGUCGUCCCUUUCGAUAAAACCGGUGUAUGGGGAAAAUACCGGAGAAAAAUAGUCAUCAGAUAAGCCGCGGAGCACCUGUGAGAAAAAAAAAUCGCGCACAAGCUGCGGCUAAUAUUCGUGAAAUUACGGUACAAGGGUGCAGAGGAAGGAGCAACGAGGAGGAGGGAAAACGUCACUGGCAAUGUCAUUACAGUCUGCGCACUGAUCGGGGCUGGUGCUUUCCACUUUUAUUUUCCAUUCCCCCCCAGUUCCUUUUGUGGAGCAGACAGCGUUCGUCUAAGCCAAUCAGAGGGCUGUACCGUAAUGACGCCAAAGCGACCCAGGCAGGUAGUUGAGGGCACAGUCACCAUUGCGCGCAGUCGCAAUUUUAAAAAUUUAAUUCUACGAUAUUUAUGUGUCUGUCAUAUAAGUCACUUUGCAUAGUGUACUAUAGAGCCCUGCACGGGCCGACUUCUCCAUCGAAAAAUGGCCCGGCCCUACCCGGGCCCGGACCUUCAUAUUUUUAUAUGAAGGUCGGGCCGACCCGGCCCGGUGACCCAGCGAGUAGAUCCCGGAAUAGUAUUUCCAGCCGCGACGGACGCGUUUCUGGCGAUUAUCAAACAAAUUUAUCAGUAAAUUUAUAAGGAGAGAAGACAAACAUACAAGUGAUGGCGGUUUAACACCAUAACCGCACCAGACCAAAUG